CCGAGAGGCUUAAGCGGUCGUUUUCAAUGUGGCUGAUUAAGCAGGGCCGGUGUGGGAGAGCGGAGCAGAGGAGAGCAGGGGAGAGGGGUGCAGCCAAAUUGGCCCUCACUCCAUUAGGCAUGCAGCGCUGCUUUUAGCUCCUGCCCGGAGCUCUGACUGAUGGGAAUUCUGAAGCAUGUGAAGCUCACAGCCGCUCCACGCUUCAGUUCGGCGCUCUUCUGGGAAUAUUCAGCUCAAAACCCGCUCUGCCUGUCCCGAUGCGCCACCCUCCAGGGUCUGCUCUGGACAGUCCUGCAGGGUGCGUCUGAGAGGGCGUGCGCUUAUUUGUCUUGUCAUUGCCUUUAGAGGACUAUGGAUUGAAAUGGUGCGAUGUUCCGUGAGGCAUUAGCACGCGUUUGGAUUUGCUGGCUGCUGGUCACCACUCUGGGCUGGACGUGGACAGGUCAUGCACACAGCUGCCAUGAGGUCAAAACAGCUUUCCAGCUGCGCCAGGUCGGCCCCCUCAGAUGGGUCCCAGAAACAGCAGCACCAGAUGCAGAGCUCCAGAUCUGUAAGCACCAGGGUCCAACCUGCUGCACCCGCAAAAUGGAAGAGAGCUACCACGCUGCUGCACUCAGAGACACCCUACAGAACAUUCUGUCCUACAGCUUUGAGCUCAAGUAUCUCAUCCUCGGUCAUACGUCUGCCUUCCACGACACCUUCCAAUCCCUCCUGUCUUUCACGCUCAACCACACCCUCUCCCUCUUCGACCUGGCCUACGAGCCCAUCGCCCGGGAGUCCCGUCCUUUAGUUGCUGCCCUGUUCUCCGAUCUAUCCCUGUAUCUCCACGGCGAUGCUGACAUCUCUGUGGAACGUUCUGUCCACCGUUUCUAUGAUGACCUCUUCCCUCUGGUCUACCGUUACCUGGUGAACCCAGGCCUGCGCUCCUCCUCCUCCUCCUGGUCAGCAGAGGGUACAGAGUGUCUACGGGCCACACGGCCGGACGUGAACCCGUUCGGCCCGCAGCCACAGGCUCUGGCGCAGGGACUGGGGCGGGCACUAGCAGGUGGCCGAGCACUGACUCGAGCACUAGUGGCUGGAGCGGAGGUCCUGAAUGCCACUGAGUCUGCGGGGAUGGCGAAGGAGUGUGGGCGGGCGCUGGUACGGAUGCAGUACUGCCCGCACUGCAGGGGGCUGACCCUCAUCCGGCCCUGUGGGGGACUCUGUCUGAAUGUGAUGCGUGGUUGCCUGGCUGGACUGGCUGAGCUGCAGGCACCCUGGAGCCGCUAUGUGGGCCUGCUAGAACGCCUGAGUGGGGUGCUGGCCGGGGGGCACGAGCUGGAGCUUGCCCUGCUGGGGAUACGUGAGAGGAUUAACGACGCCAUCCUGAAUGCUCAGCUGCACGGACCACACCUCAGUGCUGUUGUGGAUAAAGUGUGUGGUUCACUCACACAGUCGGCCUCGUCCACUCUUGGGAGUGUUACAGCGGAUAGCCUUGCUACCUCUGUCCAGCCCAUCACAGAGCUGCUGCCCUCCACCCCCUCCACCAGUCCGGACAGCCACGGUCAGCAACACAACCGAGUUACUCUUAAAAAGAGGUCUUUGCCACUGAAACCUUCCAAGAAUGACAAGCCUAGAAGUCUGAAGAAGAUCUCUAAGGAGUUUAUGGGUUAUAUUCAGCGGUACAAGUCCUUCUUUUCCACGUUGCCAGAGAUGCUGUGUGAGGGGGAGAUGGUGGUGGAUGACUACACCUGCUGGAGUGGAGAGGAUGUGGUGGAGAGCUACACAGGUCUUGUGGUGGGGAACGGCCUACAGGCCCAGAGACAUAACCCUGAGAUCAAGGUCAGAGGCGUGGAUCCAGUCCUGGUCCAGGCAAAAGGGAAGCUGGAGCAGUUUAAUCAGGAGAUGUGGGCUGAGAUGGGACUGGGCUCAGAGGAGCAUGAGCAUGUGGAAGUGGGAAGCGGCAACACCAUGGAAACCAGCGGUGAAUGUGACGAUGAAGACGGCUGUCAGGGUUCAGGAGAGAAUGAAGAUUCAAUAGACCGACCUGAACUGUUCUUCCAGCCCCCGACUGCAAGAGCCCAUCCAGGGACGUCCGUUAAAGCGGCAGCCUGUACUCUGGACUCCUCCCCUAUCCUCCACUCCCUCCUUCUCCUCCUCCCUCUGCUGCUGUCCCGCCUGGGCCUGGACUCCGCCUGACCGCUCCGCUGCAUGGAGGAGUGCAGUAGGAUGCGGUGGAGGACUGAAGUAUGCACUUGCACUGGACACUUAGACGAACGUCUACACAUUCACGGAUGACCCCGCCAUGCUGCAUCUCUGCAGGCUGCUCUCUGCUGGCUGACCGGAGUCAGACCCCUCGGCCUUGGCUUUGGAGAAAGUGCCUCUAUUUUUCAUUGUCAGUGAUUCGACUGUUUUAGGUUGUGUUACGAAUCACAGUUUUGCACACUUGCUCUUUAGCGGUUUCCUGCUUUGUAGGGUUUUUUCCUGUCUGUGUGCCAUUUUAUGUAGUGCACUAGCCAAUGAAGUAUUAAAAUGGUAGUUGAGGAAUUCCUCUGUGCUCACAAGGACAUUUUGGUAUCCUUCAAAAAACCGUGCUGGUUUGCUGUCCUGCAGGGUUAUCUUGGCUAAGAUUCAGCUAAGAUUCAAGCAAGAGAAUACAACCUAUUUACCAUUUGAUUGCUGUAAGCUUGCAUUAUAGAUGUUUAAAGCUGGAUUGUACUGCUCUGGAUGUGAGCUGGCAGCAAUGAUUAGUCUCUCUUCAGUCUUGACUGACUAAAGCCGUAACUGACUAAAGCUUCACCCAAGAUUGACUGAUGCAUGAUAACAUCAGUGCACAGUGUUGUGAAAAGUCCGCUCAUUUAUUUAAUUUCCAGUCAAAAAAGGUCAUUAGGUAAGUCAUUUGUCUUUCAAUGUAAGGAGAAAAAGUAGAAAAAAUAUAUUUGACACAAAUUUAAACAGCUUCCAUUCAUUUCAGGAGACUCCCUUUCAGUAUUUCAAAGAAAUCUCCCAGGAUGUUUUUCCACACCUCCAAAGUUCAGUCUUAGAAGUUGGUUGCAUCUCCUACUUCUCACCAACCAGUAAUUGCAAGCACAUUAAGUGAUGCUGAGGUCUGGACUCUGGGGUGGUCAGCGCGUUGUUUUGAGAACACCAGCAUGUUUCCUUUUCUCAGUAAGGGCUUCUGGACAGCUGGACGAGUGCAAGCACCUCGUAUCUCCAGAGCGGUGACUUUACAGGAGAAGGAAAAACUUUACUUUUAAUGCAAGUCAGUGGAACCAGACAAUUUUCAAAGUCAUUUUAAGGCGUUUUGUUUAUUCCAUUCAUCA